AUGCCUCCUCAUCAAUCCACCGAUGCUGGUGCCGACACCUCGGACAUGGACACGUCCAACUUCGUCUCGGGUCUGACGGCGCCGCUCGUUGAUUCCAUCGACGCGCUCAAGAUCAGCAACUUUGUGCCCAUUCGCGACGGACACCCUCCGCCCGGCUCGGUGCCGGAAUCGAUCUUGCCCAAGGGCGUUGCCAAACCGGCGCUCUUCCAGACCGUCACUCUGCCCGUUGCUUCUCCGCGCAUUACGUUCAAGAACCGUGUGGUUGUGUCGCCCAUGUGCCAGUACUCUGCGCGCGAUGGCCUGCCGACGCCGUACCACAUUGCGCACCUGGGCUCGUUUGCGCUGCACGGGGUGGGCAACGUGAUGGUCGAAGCGAGCAGUGUCGAGCCGGAGGGAAGGAUCACGCCGCAGGAUGUGGGCAUCUGGUCCGAGAAGCACAGGGAUGCGCACAAGGCACUCGUGUCCGUGCUCAAGUCGUUCACCGACGGGCUGGGCGUGGGCGUCCAGCUGGCCCAUGCGGGCAGGAAGGCGUCUACGUGGUCGCCGUUCUACCGAGGCGUGAGCAAGCAUGCCAACUUCGUGACGCGCGAGGAGGGAGGGUGGCCGGAGGACGUCGUUGGUCCCUCAGCCAUCCCCUACGACGACGACUGGACCACUCCGCGCGCGCUCAGCACCCAAGAGGUCAAGAAGCUCGAGGACAAGUUUGUCCAGUCGGCACGAUGGGCGUUUGAAGCCGGCUACGACUAUGUUGAGCUGCACGCCGCACACGGGUACCUGAUGCACUCGUUCCUCAGCCCGCUGAGCAACCACCGCACCGACGAGUACGGAGGCAGCCUCGAGAACCGUUCGCGCCUCUUGCUCAACAUCGCACGCCGCGUCCGCGCCGAGUUCCCGCACAAGGGCCUGUGGGUGCGCGUCAGCUCCACCGACUGGGCCGAAUCCGCCGGCCGCGGCGCCUCGUGGACCGUCGACCAGACCGUCGAGCUCGCCAAAUUGCUCCAUGCCGCCAAAGUCGACCUGCUCGAUGUCAGCUCCGGCGGCCUCGUGCCGUUCCAGAAAAUUACGUUGGGCGCAGGGUACCAGCUCUUCGGCGCAAAGGCGGUCAGCGAGGCGCUCGCCCAGCUCGAACCCGACGCGCGCAAGCGCAUGCUCGUCGGCGCCGUGGGCAUCAUGGAAGGCUCACACGACUCGCCCACUGGCCAGGACCGCUCGCAGAUCGGCAAGUUGGCCGAGGAGUCAUUGCAAAAGCACGAGUGCGACGUCGUCCUGUUGGCGCGUGGCCUUAUGGCGCACCCGAGCUGGACCGAGGAUGCCUCGGUGGCGCUGACGGGCACGAGGGCCGCUGGCAACCCGCAGUACCACCGUGUUCAUGCCGCCAGGAAGUAA